UCGUCCGUUGGUUAGUCGUUCGGUCAGCCUCUGUGCGUGCAUGGAGAUUGCGGUAAGACGUAUCGCGGCUUGUUUUACAAUUUCGUUGGUGAUUAUUCGGUCAGUUUUCAGCCGUCCAACGGUCUCUCUAUGGCAACGGAUCGCUCAUUUUCCUUAGACGCAAUUAGUGAUAUCCCUCGUGAUUAGAGUCGGCUCUAUGAGUGGUGCCGGAUAAAUUUUUCGGAUAAAAUGUUAACGCGUUAAUUUUUUGCAUAUAACGUAGGUACGUAUAAUAUAGGGCCAUGCAAAUUUGCACAACCGCGUUGAGUUCACACGUGAUACAUCAUUGCAUGCACGGUGAUUAUAACCGUUGACUAAUCAGUUUUACGUGCCUGUACUGACCGCCUUUGGCAGUGAAUGUUCAAAGACAACUUAUACUUGCAACAAUAACAUCGCGAAGCUAACUCGGACCGGCAACAAGUGUUUUUUCGCGGUAUAUAAGUUUACUCACAAUCAGUGUUAUAUUAUUAGUUCUGACAAUAAAAGUUCACGGUUAUCUAUAAUUCCUAAGUUGUCGGGGUCAAUCUGUGAAUAAGACGAGAGGAGGAUAUAAAAUUAUAUUGAAUUGCACCGUAUUAUUCCACGAUGAGAGAGCUGAGCUCACUGCAGGCUUUCUUCACUUUUCUGGUUCUGCUUUUGAACGACGGUUCCGUCAACGCCGAAGACAAAUUGAGAUUAUGCGUGGUCUCGGGGAAGCACACCGACAAUAGGAUAAAGAAAAACUGUCCAAUCUUAGACAGGCCAGAGAGUGGAGUAAAAUGUAUCAUAACAAAGGAUAGAUUCGCCUGUCUUAGAGCAGUUGGCGAGGAGCUCAGUGAUCUAACGGUCUUGGAACCCGAAGAUUUAGCCGCAGCUGCAUCCUCGAGAGAAUUCAAUAUUCUAGUCACAAACGAGUUAAAGUUUUUCCCCGAAAAAAAGUACCAGUAUCAAAUUGUCGCACUGUUCCGUACCACUUCGGGCAUUCAAGAUCUGAGGAAUGUUAGAGGAAAGAAAUUUUGCCAUCCUGGUUAUGAAUCCACCAGUGACUGGACACCAACACUAGCUACUUACUUUGAGAAUACAGCUAUUGAAAAGGAAUGCGAUCCGAAUAAGACUUCAAUCGAGAAUCGCGUCGCAGCCGCAUCAAAGUUUUUCGGAGCUGCCUGCAUGGCUGGACCCUGGUCAACGGAUACGAACCUGGACAGUAAAUUAAAAUCGCAGUACAGAAACCUUUGCGCUCUUUGCAACAAUCCUGCGGGAUGUUAUUCGGAUGAUAAAUAUCACGGGCGAACAGGAGCGCUCAUGUGCCUGACCGAUGGCGUUGGUGACAUAGCUUGGGUUCGAAUAGCCGAUGCACAGGCAUGGUUUUGGGCACAAAGUAUAAACAAAGACGACUACAGGUACUUAUGCUACGAUGGAACAACCCGGUCUAUGCAGACCGAAGAACCUUGUCCGUGGAUAGCAAAAUCUUGGCCAGUUGUCGUGGCAAAUAGUAAGAAAAAUGAGAAGGUCUUCAACCUCAUGAUGACCCUAGAUACCCAAAACGUACCAUGGCAUGGUGCUUUGGUUAGACUUUUAGAAAACUAUCACUUGGCACCGAUAAAUCGCGACGAUUCUGAAACGCCAGAGGAUUACUUGAGGCAAGUGCCUGGAUUUCUGAGCGCCAAUACCCGUACUCCUUGUAAACCAUCUCGAACAAUCCAAUGGUGUGUCUCGUCAAACGUUGAACAGCGAAAGUGUAUGUGGCUUCGUCAAGCUCUUUCAGUUUAUGGCGAUGAACCGAAUUUAUCUUGCAUCGCACGUACAAGUAGGAUGGCAUGCAUGGAAGCUGUAACACAGCAAGAAGUUGAAUUGUUCGUUAUAAGACCGGACGAAGAACUCUUAGCUAGACAGAAAGGAUUGAAGCAUGUCGUUCAUGUAUUUACAAACAAGAUAGAAGAUAUGAACAAAGUAGCGGCAGUGGUGAGAAGCAAUUCAAAAAUUAACACUCUCGAACAGCUCCGAGGAUUGAAGGCCUGUUUCACUGGGUAUCAAAGCAUUGGAUGGAACGCAUUCGUAUCAAUAAUGAGAAAUAUGUCUGGAAGCAACUGGGAUCCGUUAGACAUAAAAGCAGUGUCAAACUUUUUCAAAGAAAGUUGUGUUCCGGGUUUGAAAGAAAACUCGAUCAAAAUUGAUACAGUUCCUUCGAAUCUAUAUUCUCUAUGCAAAGAAGGCGCUGAAUACAAAGAUGAAACAAGUGCUUUCAGAUGCCUUGUAAAUGGAGGUGGGGAUGUUGCAUUUAUCAAUCUAGAUACUGUAAAGAAGAACACUGGAACUCAAAAUCAACAGACUUGGGCUUCUGGUCUGAAAGGUAGCGAUUUCAAACCAAUUUGUAUCAAAGAAUCAGACCCAGAUUCAUGCUUUCUUACCUGGACUACACUUGGUUCUGUAAUGGUUAAUCAAAACAUAUCGUCAAUACGAUUUGAAGAAAUAUACUCCACGUUACUUAAGAUGGAUCAAUUAUUUGGAAACACAUACACAGAACAGACUCCGGCUUUCUUGUUGUAUGGAAGUUACGAUGGAAAUCACAGCAUCAUUUUUCCAGAACAAACACAGCACCUGCAAAGUGACAUCAGUCAUGUCCACCUUGACAGAAGUUAUGUGCAAAUAGUAGAAGACUUAAUAACAAAUCCACCACAUAGUAACGCCAGAAAAUUGCAUUUUGAACCUUUUCAACUGUGUCUGAUGUGUAUUGUACUUAGCAUUAUAAACCGUGGAAUGAGUCAAUUUAUAUAGAGUUUGAGACGGCAAUGAUGGCUAAAAAAUUGAAUGCAAUAUUCCAUAAGUGUAUUAAUAAAAGUCUGUUUACGAAA